ACCGUAUGUUCUUAUGAAAGCAGGACGAUGCCACUCUUUCCAGGGCACCGGUACUUGGGACCAGGCAACCGGCUGCACAACGGAGAGCCCGUAGACGAGGACGACCGCAUUGCAAGGCGCCACGACGAGGCUUAUUCCCGUGCCCAAAGUGACGCCGACGUGUUUGCUGCGGACCGCCAAUACACCAAGGAGUUUUUCAAGGACUUUGUGAGCACAGGCAACUGGCACUCUGCAUUGGGAGCUGUCGGUCUUGGUACAAAAAAUCUCGUGGAGGAAAAGGUGCUAGGACGCAGUCUUUAUGGAAUGCCACCAGCCGGACGGAAACGUGGUAAUCAGGAACAGCCAGGACCAUCAUCAGCAAAACGUCAACAACACGAUACAACAGACGGCGGCGACGAAGAAAUGUCCGAGACGGCGGCGGACGCCCCCUCUGCCCCCCCGGCAGGAGGAGCAGGUAUUGGAAGUAACCAUCCGAAUACAUCCGAGCACGUUCAACAAAUUCUACGAGUACCUCGCGACCACGGAGUGGUCACAGUGUUCAAUGACAGCAAGAUUCUUACCACCUGGGGCUACGCCAUGCUGAAGACAUCGCUGAAAUACGACGGCGAAAAGAACUUCCCUGGUAUCGUAACAAGCAUGUCACGCCUUCCGGUCGACCGUCCCUACUUAUACAUCCCGCACGGCACUUACCUGAAUUUACCAGCUCACAGAAAAGCUGUCCAAUGCUCCGCGAAAAUAACUCCACACGGCUUGAGAACACCGUGGAAAACUGGCUCUUCAGUAGUGCAACCUGUCAACUCUGACAUGCUCGUGUAUGGUGUAUCAUCAAUAGGUCUAAACCACAGCAUGGACACUGGUAUGUGCCGCAUCACACAUGGCACAACACACAACGCGAUGAAACCACAAACCAUAGUUCCAUUCAGCAUAGAGCACCAUGCAGAAUUGGCCAAAAGCUACUGGGGUCUCGAAAUACAACCAAUGACAGAAACGCAAGAAUACGAUGACAGAGCCACUGCUUCAGCCAGCAUGGGAGCACCACGCCACAAUUUCGCUUACGACUUUGUGCACAUCGAUGGCAUCAGUCCUCGCUUAACAAAAUUUGUCAAUCAAUACCCCUUCAAAGGCCAAGUAGGCACCCCAAUUGUUAACUACGAGCACAAGUUUGACAACGCGUGGCUUCGCAUGGGCCCCACUUACGGCGCUGGCAACGAACUGCUCACUCACUCUGUGCUUGGUGUACCGGCAGACGCUGCAAAGUACACGACAACAAACUUCUCCAAUAUCGAAUCUUACACUCAAACUCCCGAAGAGAACACCAUUAUGCGCCUACGCCCCGAAGACUUUCAAAACAAGAGACGCGUCAGAUAUCUCGAACCACUGGAAAAAUCGUGGUACCGGCGUGGCUUGGGUCCCAUGACACAAGGUUCUAUUCAACCCAGCGUAGGUUUUGGUAUUAUGGCUGUAUCUAAAGCAAACAAGGACGAUCCAGGAAGCUCUGACAAGUUUCAAGACGUCACUGCAUUCUUUCAAGUGGACACAGAGCUUGUCAUCCACUCUUGCAUGGACACAAUAGCACCAGACUGUGUAAUGCUUCCUGCCAGUGAAGGUCCGUAUCUCCGGCACACCCGCGCCAAAAUCAAACUACCUCCCAACAGUCUGUCACGUGAAGGACGCCAAGCACAACUCAUCAACACACAAGAAGACAUCAGAGCAUACGAAGCUGAAAUCACUAAACUGAGUGAAGAGCAAAAUGCUGCAAGACACUCAAAACGAUCAAUAACAGUACCAUUUGCUCCAGAAUAAAAAACAAUGUUUUUAUUCUUCAUCAUCGUUGACUCUCUCUUCAAAGUCAAACAAAUAACGAAAUUGAACAUUCAAAUCUUCUCUCAGAUGACGAAUAAUUUCUUCUAUAACUUUCCCCAGGUCUUCAGCUUCACGCUCCAUUUCCUUUAAAGGUAAUCCAUCAUUAGGAUCUUCCAUAGCAAUACACGCCUCCUCCUGUUCUUCACCUUGUGGUGGCUGCACACAAAUACAUAAACAAUGUAGCUGCUGUCGUCGUCUUAACUCUCAGAGUGUUAAAAGAGUACAAUAUAUUCUUUUUCUGAGUGGAAUCGACUUCGACUACGACUCACCAGCAUCGCAGAUUCUUCGUCCCUUCCUUGCAAGCUCCAAGCAGCCGAAGCACAAGUGAGAACGCAGCGCAACGCA